UACCCUGUAUAUGUAUGUAUACAAAUUUUGUAUAAAAAAGAUUUUGUGAAGAUGGAGAACAUGAAAGAUAAUGGGGUUUGAGAGAGAAGUAAAGCAAGACCCAUCUACAGAAGCCAGCUAAUUACCUUUGUAGGGUUUUCAACUUUCUUUUUUUCUUUUCUUCUUCAUAUAAAACACACACACCCACACACACACACACACUAACCCAAACUCACAAACCCCUUUUCUUUCAACUCCAAUUGCAAUGUUGCUUCAUUCUUGAAACCCCAUCGAAGAUCGGUUCCUUAAAGACAAGAUCUUUACAUUCUUCUCACUCCCAUCUGAUGCUGUCUUGCAUUUCGAUGCGAUUGCGAGAUUAAAAGUUCACAAUUCACAUUGUGGUUUUAGGUUUUUUUAAGGAUCUUUGAGUCGAACACCGGGUGUUCAGCUCAAAACAUUUGAGGAAACUGAGGAAACCGAAGGAAGAUGGAGUUUGAUACGCCUCUUGAUUAUGCGGCGUUUCAGCUGUCGCCGAAACAUUCGAGAUGUGAGUUGUUUGUGUCUAGUAACGGGAACGUUGAAAAGCUUGCGUCGGGUUUAGUGAAGCCGUUCGUGACUCAUUUAAAGGUUGUAGAGGAACAAGUUGCGUCGUCGGUUCAGUCUAUAAAGCUUGAAGUGGAUAAACGUAAAAAUGCUGACUCGUGGUUCACUAAGGGAACGCUAGAGAGGUUUGUGCGGUUUGUUAGUACACCGGAAAUUGUAGAGCUAGUGAUCACCGUUGAUGCUGAGAUGUCUCAACUAGAAGCAGCUCGGAAAAUAUAUUCUCAGGGAUCGUCUGAUAGCAACUUAGGUGAUGGUAGAUCAAGCACAGCAGCAAGAGCUGAUGCUACAAAGAAGGAACUUUUGAGGGCAUUCGAUGUAAGGCUGAAAGCCGUAAAGCAGGACUUGGAUACAGCUUGUGCUCGAGCGGCUGCUGCUGGUUUUAACCGCGAUACUGUAACCGACCUGCAGUUGUUUGCUGAGCGGUUUGGUGCCGCUCGCCUGAAUGAAGCUUGCUGUAAAUACCUAUCACUUUAUGAAAGAUGGCCUGAUCUGUUCAAGCACUCGGUUAAAUCCAGCUUCGGAGAUCGAGAUCAAGCCGCUAUUCGGGGAUCUUACAGCUCGGACAUGUCGAUUGACGAUGAGUCGCCGUCUAGGACCGCCACGUCCCCCGCCCCGACUGCCGCCUCCACUUCUCAGCCGCCCUCAACCACAUUCCCUUUACGACCGACAGGAAAAGAUGAAAUGGUUUCCGACAACCAAAAAAUAAAUAAAGAAGAUGACGGUAGCGGUGGGGUCGAGGAACCGUUGGCUCAGACCGCCCCGCAGCCGUCUUCUAGACGGCUCAGUGUGCAAGAUCGGAUUAAUCUUUUUGAAAACAAGCAGAAAGAGGUUGGUGGUUCGGCCACUGGGAGUGGCGGCAAACCACCAGCAGCUGUUGCUAAGCCCGAUCUUCGUCGGCUUUCGUCUGAUGUUUCACAAUCAAAUGCGAGCGUUUUGAGACGAUGGAGUGGUGCUAGUGAUAUGAGCAUUGAUUUGAGCGGUGAAAAGAAGGAAAUCAACAGCCCGAAACCGCCUUCGAACGAGACUCCCGUUGAGGUCCAAAAAAGUCAAUCUGUUGAGGUCAACAAGAGUCAACCUGAUUUGAAAGCUGUUGGGCCCGAAGAAUCUGUUGGUUCUAACCAACCGACUUCCACUUUGGAAAAGACACAGUCUUCCUCAUCGUUAUCGAAACCCGAAGACGAUUCGUUGGAGGUGCGGUUAAAACCGCAUACACAGGUCAAGCCUUUUCAAGGUGGUAAUCAGGAAGAUUUUGAGCCGGAUUCGAAACCGAUGACGUUAAAGGCUCCGUCAAAGAGAGUUGGUUCCGGGUCAAAAAUCCAAGAAGCUGUAGCUGCUUCUCAGCAUAGAGGGCUCGAGAUCGGUUCAUUACGUGCCCAAACCCGGCCAAGUUAUUCAACCGAAACCAAGGAAAUAGACCCGAAAGAUUACAUACCAACAGAGAAACAGUUCGGUGACUCCGGGUCACAAAAAACGAAGGUCCAAAAGAAUAUUCCGAGAGAUGAAAGCCGAUACGUUGAUGAGUAUAGUAACAGUAAGACACCAACAUCUGGGAAAUUUGUUGUGGGGUCCGGGUCAAUGCCGUUGGAACCUAACGUUGACCAAGUCAAUAAGUCAAGGCCGUUAAAAGGGAAUCAAGAACUGAAUGACGAGCUUAAACUGAAAGCGAACGAGCUAGAAAAGCUUUUUGCAGAGCAUAAACUUAGAGCUCCAAAGCUUCCGGAAGAACCUGUUCCGGAACCGAAAACCGAACUUAAACCAGAUGAUCAGAAUCACAGAACCCCACUUCAGAGAAGCUUUUCUGACGCUUCACGAGGAAAAUUUUACAACAGUUACAUGAAGAAACGAGACGAACGAUUAAAGGAACAAUGGGGGUCUAAUAAAGCCGAAAAAGAAGCUAGAAUGAAAGCUCUGCAAGAUUCGCUCGAGCAAAGUAGUGCGCAAAUGAAGACGAAACUUUCGUGGUCUACAGGUACACAAGAUCCCGUUUCUAGUGCGCGUAGACGCGCUGAAAGAUUACGGUCGUUUAACGCCCGAUCGGCUAUCAAACGAGAUCAACCGUUAGAUUUCGGGCAGCUUGAAGAUGAUGAAGAUUUAUCAGAAUUUUCGGAACUAAAGCUUUCCAGCAACGGUGUUUCCAGAGGUAAAAAACCGUUACUGAACAAAAGUACAUCCACAUCUACACCGCGGACCCCGGUUCCACGAUCGAGCUCGAAAAUCGCCUCAGGUUCCGGGAAACGAAGGGCACAAUCGGAAAAUCCUCUUGCGCAAUCUGUCCCGAACUUUUCGGAUUUGAGAAAAGAAGAUGCGAAACCGUAUUCUGUUGCCGGAAAAGCAACCGCGCGUUCUCAGAUGAGAAACCAUACGCGUAGAGGUAGCAAUGACGAGACGCCAGCUGUCAAGGAAGAGAAACAGGGGCGGCCACCUGUCAAUUUAACGCCGUUAAAAUUUGAAAAAGAACAGAGUGAAGGUGUUUAUAAAAAAACGUUUCAUAAGAGGAAUAACAGCAUUGGCGGAAAAAUGAAGGUGCCGUUAGUGUCGAAAGAUUAUGAGGAAGAUGAUGUGGAAAACGAGUUUGAUGAUGUCAUUAACGAAGGUGUUUAUAAAAAAACGUUUCACAAGAGGAAUAACAGCUUUGGUGGGAAAAUGAAGGUGCCGUUAGUGUCGAAAUACGAGGAAGAUGAUGUGGAAAACGAGUUUGAUGAUGUCAUGGAAACAGAAGCUUCGCAAGAUGUAGUAAACGAGAGUCUGUCAAACUCCGAAUCUGGAAAUGGACAAACGGACCCCACUUUGGCAACCGAAAUACUUGCUGCGCAAGAUUUACCCGGUGAAAGCCCGAUGUCAUGGAACUCCCAACUCCAUUAUCCGUUUUCGUAUACUAACGAGACUUCCGAUAACGAUGCUUCUGUUGAAUCGUGGAAUCUAAGUUCAACGGAAUCAGAUGUUGCUCGUAUGAGGAAGAAAUGGGGAAGCGCGCAAAAGAAUAUUCUUCUUGCUAAUUCGUCUUCUGGUGUUCAAUCUCGCAAGGAUAUGACAAAGGGGUUUAAACGGUUAUUAAAAUUCGGGAGAAAAGGUCGCGGGUCCGAUAAUUUGGCUGAUUGGAUUUCCGCUACUACUUCUGAAGGAGACGAUGACACAGAAGACGGUAGAGACGUUUCUAAUCGGUCUUCAGACGAGCUUAGAAAAUCGAGAAUGGGAUAUUCGAACGAAGGUAGCUUCAAUGAAACAGAUUUUUAUACUGAUCAAAUGCAUACAUUGCAGACCUCAAUCCCUACACCACCGGCAAAUUUCCGACUGAGGGAUGAUCACCUUUCUGGAAGCUCUAUCAAAGCGCCUCGGUCAUCAUUCUUCUCGUUGUCAUCAUUCAGGAGCAAGGGAAGCGACUCGAAGCUGAGAUGAAAGGGAUCCAUAGGUAUAUAUUUAAAAAUAGAGAAAAUCGAAUCAUCGGUUGGCAAACAAUUGAUAUGUUUAAGAUCUACAUACAGUGUGGUAGACCUUCCGCAUGUUGUGCUAGUCAGCUCUGCAAGUAUUUUUGGUUGUAUAUUUUGUAUUCCUUCAACUAAGUAGCCAAUUGGCUAAACCUUAUUGUUGAAUUCUCUAGUCUUUUUAUGAAGCAAGUGUUCCAAUUUUUGUUUUGCACUAUGUAUGUACACAACAAACAAACUUGAAUUCCAACUCGAACUUGGAAAUUUGAAUGCUUAUUUCAGUUCUUGUUA